AUUUGUGUCCACAAAAUCAAAAAACGCUAAAAACUAUUGAUUGGUUCAUCAAUUUCGUGAAUCACACCAACCGGUCAUAUAUCUGGUCAUAUCAUCUCUUCAUUUGUUUUGUGCUAUUUCUGUCACACAUCCAAAAUGGUUGAACAUAUCGACCAAUUAGUCGAAGACAACGAUAACAAUGACACCGACAAUAGCAACCAUGAAGUACAAGAAGUGCAGAAACGACUGCAACCAUCGGUGCAACCGAACAACGACUUCGAAUUUGAUGGGACAACAGUCCUAUGCCGAGUAUGUGGUGACAAAGCGAGUGGUUUUCAUUAUGGUGUUCACUCAUGUGAGGGCUGUAAGGGUUUCUUUAGACGGAGUAUUCAACAAAAGAUACAAUACAGGCCGUGUACCAAAAACCAACAGUGCUCUAUACUCAGAAUCAAUAGAAAUAGAUGCCAAUACUGUCGGCUCAAAAAAUGUAUUGCCGUCGGCAUGUCUAGAGAUGCUGUGAGGUUCGGUCGGGUCCCGAAACGGGAAAAGGCAAAGAUAUUGGCGGCAAUGCAAAAGGUCAACGCUUGCAGUCAACAGAAAGCUUUGUGUCUGGAGUUGGAGGACGAGAAUCGUCUCUUACAGACCAUCAUCAGAGCACAUGAAGAAACUUGUGAUUACACCAGAGAUAAGGUCACUCAGCUCAUAGAGAGGGCCACUACUCAACCCGUCUACGCUCACUGUCCGCCACAAAUGGCCUGUCCAUUGAAUCCAUCGCCACAACAUGUCAUUGACAACGGCGGCACAAAUCGUAUACUCGAAGAUUUCAGCGAAAGAUUUUCGCCAGCAAUCAGAGGUGUUGUCGAGUUUGCCAAACGUAUACCCGGUUUUGGUAUGUUAUCUCAGGACGACCAGGUGACACUACUCAAGGCGGGUGUGUUUGAAGUACUACUGGUGCGAUUGGCCUGUAUGUUUGACUCACACUCUAACUCAAUGAUAUGUUUGAAUGGUCUGGUUCUGAGACGUGAGGCCCUACACGCCGCCAGUAACGCCCGGUUCCUAUUGGACUCAAUGUUUGAUUUUGCCGAACGACUAAACUCUUUGCGUCUAACAGACCAAGAAAUCGGACUUUUCUGUGCCGUUGUUGUUAUUGCCGGCGAUCGUCCCGGUUUGCGAAACACCGAUUUGGUACACAAAAUAAACAGAAAACUUGAUGAUGUCCUACAAAAAGCUAUCUCAGCUGCACAUCCAGAAAAUCCCAAUUUAUUUAACGAACUGAAGAAAAAGAUACCCGACUUGAGGACACUUAAUACACUUCACUCGGAAAAAUUGUUGGCAUAUAAAAUGGAGCCGAGAAAUGGCCAGAAUGAACAUAAUGGCGAAAGUCAAACAAUCGGUUGUAACUAUUCAAACCUGUUUCCAGACCAGUGGACACAAUUGGCAAUGAUUGGCGCCGGACAUCCGGUCAAACAUUUGGACGAUGAAGCCAGUAGUGCUUCACCGGCUCAGACCAGUCAUCACGACUGGAGUGGUUCCGACUCGAAGGACGGACACGAGGGAUCAUUCGGUAGUCCGCGAUCUGUAAGCAGCAAUGGAUUGUCGUCCGAUGACGGUAUCAUUAGAUCCAAUUCAAUAUCGAGUGCCAAUAAGUCCAGUUAUGAGCCCGGACUCUAUCAGUCCCGACUACAAACACCGUAUCAACUCAAUCGGUGCCCGAAGAUGGCCAGCACUCCAUUAUCAUCGCAAAAUGAUUUAUCUCAUGAUAAUAACGGGAACUCCGAUGAAUGCUAUUAUCGUAUCGGUAGUCCAUUGAAAAAUGCAUUGACGGCCAACAUGGGAGCCAUGGGUUCCUUAGGGAACGGUAGUGCCAAUUAUAGCAAAAUACGACGCGUCGAUUCACCCACCGAUUCGGGUAUUGAGUCGGGUAAAGAACACUGCAAUGGAAGUACUCCUACGACAUCCGUGUGCUCUAGUCCUCGGUCGGCAAUGGAUGAUAAGGUCAAGGAUGUUAGCGACUCGGAGUCCAAUGAAAAACAUGAGACGAUCGAUGACAUGCCAAUGUUGAAGCGGGCACUACAGGCACCACCAUUGGUAAACACCAAUAAGCUUAUGGAUGAGGCCUAUCGUCACCAUAAGAAGUUCCGGGCUGCAGCCAGAAAGGACGAACAGCCACAUAGUCCUUCAACUACGAGUACCACUUAUUCGGGUCAAUCAAUUCAUGAACCAUUGACUACUUCUCACAGCACUUUACUGAAGACAUUGGAACAGCCGUCGAGAUAUUUGAAUGAACAACAGUUGAAGAGAACUGAUUUGAUUCAUAAUAUUAUUAUGCGAACAGAGGCCGCGUCGACCACAACCCCAACCAAUUGGAAACCUAUGCGACACUCGGACAUGACGUCCAACGGACAAAAUGGACAUUUAGCACACAGUCUGACUAACGGAAGCUAUAUGUAUCAUAACGUUCCUCACAAUUCAAACAAUAUAUCAAAUGGUUUCCAAACAACUUCACCAGUCGUUCAAUCGAAAGGUGUCUGUCCUCCCGGUCUCUACAUUCCAACGGGUGGUUAUCCGGCGAACUCAUGUCCCUAUUCUUCUGCACAAAACACAUCAACAAAUGCGAGAACAGCUAAAUCAAUGUCAUUAUCGGCACAGCAGUCAUCCAGAAUUGUUUACUCGACAUCAUUAGAGGUCCAGAAUCACCACAAUAAUGCUUACGUACAACACACUCGACGAUCUCCAUGUCCUUCGACAACAUCGCCAGCAGCACUAGUCAUCGGCUCAGCGCCGUCACCAUCACAUGCGUCGACCACUCCUCAUAUUGCCAGAGCCUGUGCUUCGGACUCAUCAAUAGCUGCAAUACUUGUCUCACAGAGCGCCGACUGUACAGACUCUCAGCCACUAAAUCUAUCGAAGAAGCCGUCGCCACCAAACUCUCCCACCGCUAACGCCAUCAAAAUUGAAUCAUAAUUUUCAUAAAACAAAAACUUCUUCAGUGGCUUUACAUUUCAAAAAUUGGAUUCAAUUCAAUACAUAAAUUUCAAAAUACAAAUCAAAGCUUUCCAUCAAUUUCUUGCGAUUCACAAGUUUUGAUGGUCUGCUCUAAAAACAUUGAUUAAUAUUAUAUAAUCGCAAUAAUAAUUAUUAUUAUUGAAACCAUAGCAUCACAUACUAUAUACAUACGAGUCUUAUAAGAUUCGUGUUUCCAUAAAAUUCAUAUUUCAAAAAAACACUUAUCUCUGUAUAUAUGAAACAAAAUUCAAUUUUCAAAACAAAGAUUCAAUUAUAAUAAUAAUUAUAUCUCUAAUUAGAUGUCUUAUGAAUACCCUAUAAGUUAAAUGAAUAGACAGUUAUUUUUCAUUGUUAGAAGUUUUUUAUGUAAUUGUAUUGUAUAUGAAAAUUAAUAUAUUUAUUAAUUAUUAGUCACUUGUGGUUAAUGUUUCCCUUUAUUAUAUUAUUUCAAUUGUUCCCCCAUUUCACAAAAAAACUCAUUAUUGAUGGUCUUUAAAAAAAAUA